AUGGAUGCUUUUUUCGAGACCGGUAAACUUAGUAAGGGUUGUGGGUCUACUUUUAUUACCCUUAUUCCUAAGAUAAAGGAACCUUUGGUUUUGGGAGACUAUCGUCCGAUUAGCCUCGUCGGAGUUGUUAACAAAGUGGUAUCUAAAGUUCUUGCUAAUAGACUGAAACCGGUCCUUAAUGAGGUGAUCUCCAAUUUUCAAUCGGCCUUUCUCAGGGCUUAUGAUAACGUGAAUUGGGCCUUUGUUAUUGAUAUUCUUCAGCAAAUGGGUUUUGGAGAGAAGUGGUGUAGCUGGAUUUCAGACGAUGCAAUGAUUAUGGGGGUGUGGAACAAGGAAAAAAUUGCCAGUGUUAUUCGGAUUUUGAGAUGUUUUCAUGCUUGUUCUGGGCUCAAAAUUAAUCUCAGUAAGUCGAGUUUGUUUGGCAUCGGUGUUUCAAACGAGGAGGUUGAAGAGAUGGUUAAUUGGAUCGGUUGUAAGACUGGUUCGGCAGCGUUGUUAUCCAUAGGAGGGAGGGUUACGCUAAUUCGGUCAGUUCUCGAGAGUCUGCCUACUUAUUAUAUGUCUCUGUACAAAGUCCCCGUGAAAGUUGUCAAAGACCUGGAAAGCAAGAUCAAAAAGUUUUUAUGGGGCGGCUCGAACAAUGUUAGGAGAACUCAUUGGGUGGCGUGGGACAGGGUGAUGUUACCGAAGAAAGCGGGAGGAUUGGGUCUGUGUAAAUUAAUGAAUGUUAAUGUAGCUUUGCUCAGUAAAUGGGGAUGGAGGUUCAAGAUUGAGUCGAACAAUCUGUGGGUCAAGGUUGUCAGCGCUAUUCACUCGGGUCAGUCAAGAUGGGAGUUUCUUCCUUACAAUAAAGCGGUCAGGGGGGUUUGGCUUAAUAUUUGUAAUUUGUUGAACAGACCGAUUAUCGGUAACAAAGAGGUGGUCAAAAACUCCUCUGUGAGUGAUCGGCUGGCUGGAAACGGUCUGUGGUUGUGGCGUCAUGAUCUGGAUACAGUGGCGGAGGUCCAGGAAUUGGCGGCCCUAAUGGGUUUGGUCUCUUCGGUCGUUCUCAGGUCUGGUAAGGAUGAAUGGAAGUGGACGAAGGAUUCUACUGGUCUCUUCUCGGUCAGGUCGGUGAAGAGGCUGUUGCAUCGUGAUGCCGGUGAUCCGAACUUGUUUGCUUCCGAGCUAUGGAUGAAAGUUAGUAGAUGGUGUCGAAUCCCACCUAUUUUUGCUUUUUCGAUAAAAGAUUUAUUGGAAAUCCAUAAAUUCUACAACAUGGGUCGGUCGGCUUCGUAUAUCUUGCAAGGUAUCAUUUAA